AUGACAAUAUUGGAUUGUGGCGAGAACGUCUGCAAGAUCACUGACGUCAAGCUCUCCCGUCCGGGCAAGCACGGCCACGCCAAGAAGUUCGUGACCGGCAAGUGCGUCCUCACCGACCGCAAGUUCACGGAGAUUUUCACCCACCACUCGGUCUUCAAGUACUUCACCAUGGCCAACGAGACCUACACCGUGUGCGACAUCACCGACGACGACUUCCUUGCCCUCAUGGAUAUCAUGGAUAACGACGGUGAGAUGCGUGAGGACGUCCCGCUCCCGGAUUCGGACUCGCUCGACGCUGAUCUCGGCCAGCGAUGCCGGUGA